CCGCUUACUGUAUUUUGACUCGCGUCUACAUUUUCUGCCGACGCGCCUCUUCAUCCACAACCACUUCCACCUCCCCCACUCAGCUCCUCUGCUCUGCUGAGAGGCCCUCUUCCACCGAGCGACCAUGCUGCCCAAGGUCGCCAACUCUCUCUUCUUGCACACGUCGCGUGCGGCAGCGGCGGUGCAGAACCAGACAUCACAGACAAUAUGGAAUCUUCUCCAGUCAACAGGUUCAAACGGCACUACUCUCAACACCUGGAACACCGCUGGCUCCUCUAGCUGGGGCAAUGCGGGUGGUGCAAAGUUCAACGCUGGCAGUCGCUUCCAGUACUACACUAACUCCGGUCGCGCUCUCACUCAGGCAAACGCGUCUUCAGCUCAGGACGGCAACUCUGCCCGAGACGACGAGCGCGAAGAGAUCAUCCCGCGUCACGUUUCCAUCCACACCCCUCGUCGUUCUCGCCCCCGCAGCCACAGCCUCUCGGUCGCCCGCCAUGGUCAGCAGGAGCGCGCAGAGACGUUCGGCGUUCUCCACACCGUUCAGAUGCACGUCCGCUCUCGUCACGCUUUUGCCAGCUCCCCCGCAGAGGACCAGGAGCAGCAGACAAGCGCAGGCCUCAUCCACGCCUCCCCCUCUGCUGACUCUUCCCGUCCGGUUCUCGUCCGUCGCAACUCCACCUCUUCCCAUGCCACCGCCCAGGAUGUCACAGAGCCCUUCCCGCUCUCCCCGCCUCCGACACCCAAGCUCUCCUCCACUGACCCGGCUACCCCGCAAUCUGUCCUCGAGCCCACUGCCAUCACUGCCUUCCAGUCUGCCGUGAACAGCGCAGUCAAGGCCAAGGACGGUGCCCGCGUCAUCUCCGAGGUUCAAGCUCUUGUUGCAUCCCCGGCCAACCACAUCGUACAGGACUUCAACGCCGCCCUCCAGGCCCUCUAUGAUAUCCGCCAGCCCGGUGACCCGCUCAACCUCAUGCUCGACACGUACAACAACAUGAUCAAGCGCUCUCUCAACCCCAACUUUAGGACGUACCACAUCAUGAUGCUCGCUCUCUCAGAACGCGACGAGGAGGUCUUCCGCGCCAUCGUCAGCCUCGAGGCCCGUGCCAAGCGCCGCGAGUUCGGUGGUCGCGACCUCGCCGAGGUCUCCGUCACCGACGCAGCCCGUGUCAAGCAGCUCAAGGCAGAGAACAACUUCAACUCGGCCAUGGCCAUGUUCCAGGCAUGCACCAUCUCCGGCGGUAGCCCCAAGAUCGGUCUCAAGGUCUACCACUCCCUCCUCCGCACCUGCGCCCGCCAUGCCAACAUCGACGCUGCCCUCGCCGUCUUCGGCCAGAUGGAGUCCCGCCGCGACGUCCUCACUUCCGUUGCCUAUGAGCACAUCCUUGCCACCUACGCCAACGCCAACGACAUCCAGGGUGCCCUCGAGGUCUUCAAGGAGUUCUGCAGCGCCUGCAAGGAGGAGCGCGUCAUGUGGCGCACCGUCGACCCCGUCAACCAGGAAGUCGUCCCCGCCGACAUCCCCGCAGUCAGCCAGGUCACCGUCUGGAACAAGAUGAUCGAGGCCUACUGCCGCGCCAAGCAGCCCGAGAACGCCAUCCGCCUGCUCGAGACCAUGAUCGACGAAAACAAGGACGCGUCCUCGGCUCACGUCCCCGCCCCGGCCUCGUCCACGUACACGACCCUCAUCGCUGGUUUCAUCAAAUCUGGUGACUCCGCCACCGCCCUCUCCUGGUUCGACAACCUUCUCAAGCAGGAGCGCACCGCGCGCUACCCCUGGGAGCCCUCCUCGGUCCCCUACCGCCCGGACCAGAUCGCAUGGUACUGCAUCAUCGACAUGCUCGCCCAGGAGGGCAUGGUCGACGACCUCAACCGCCUCUUCUUCGUCCACGCCGAGUGCGCCGAGCGCGAUGGCCUCAGCAUGCGCCCUGUCGACCACCUCCUCGUCGUCGAAGCCAACGUCGCCCACCUGACCGCCCACCCGGACCUCUCCGCCGACGCCGCCCGCCCCUACGCCGACUUUCUCGCCAGGUACGCCGUGCCGCCCCGCGAAUCCAACCUGUACCCCAAGACCAUCGUGGGCUCGGUGCAGCGCGCGGUCGAGCAUCUCGUCCGCUAUGGCCAGCACGACCAGGCUCUCGAUGUCAUGGUCGCCUUCUUCAAGUACGAGGACAGCUGGGUUCGCCAGGUCGUAGGCCGCCAGUUCACCUCGGAGCGGCAACAAGACAUCAACGCGUUCGCGCGCAGCGUCACCUCCUCGUUCAUCGAGCCCGUCAUCGCCUCUGCCGCCCUCGCGACCCCGCCCAAGUGGCAGACCGCCUCGCGCAUGAUGCAGCACGCGCACCUGCUCACGGUGCCCCAGGACAUCAAGGUCGCCGCGUACAUCAUCCACGCGUACACGCGCGCGCUCGAGCAGGGCAUGAUCCAGCACGUCUCGCUGCACGAGGGCCAGCUCCUCCUGCAGGCCGCCGUCGCGCUCGACGAUGCGCUCUACACCGGCGCGCAGCUCGACAUCCCGGACCUACAGAACCACGGCCUCCUCCAGCUGCUCACCGACCUCUCCAACUUCCGCGUCCCGCUGCACCGCGUGCACAUGGAGGUCAUCUCCGACGUCUCCGACCGCCUCUACACGCGCUGCCCGCGCCCCGCCGUCGACGCCUUCCUCGCCACCGACAAAGCCUACGCCGCGCUCUUCCAGCCGCCCGCGCCGCGCGCCUCACCCCCGCCGCCAGCGAUGGAGAUGCACCCGCCCGUAUCCGGCCUGUCCAUCGACCCCGCGCUCAGCCGCUACGUCGACGAAUGGCACCCGCGCCACCCGAGCGUCUCCGCGCACGUCGCGCACGCGCGCCUGCAGGACGGCCUCGCGCAGGGCAAGCUCGUGCACCCGUCGACGAUCGCGCGGCUCAUCGGCGCCAUGGGCCGCGCGGGCGACCUCGCCGCCGUGCGCAGCCUCUACGAGACCGCGCAGAUGGUGCUGCGCGUGCAGCAGCAGCAGGGCGCCGGCGCGCGCGUCGCGCAGUCGCACGCGUGGCUGCAGAUCGAGGACCACAUGGUCGUCGCACACGCGCACGGCGGCGACCUCGCCUCUGCGAACGCGCACCGCGCGCGCAUUCUCCACGCCGGCUGCGUCCCCAGCGCCGACGCGUACGGGUCGCUCAUCGAGCACGUCCGCGACACGACGGACGACACGGCGAGCGCGCUCGCGCUCUUCGCGGAGGCGCAGGCCGCCGGGACAACGCCCAACACGUACCUCUACAACACGAUCAUCUCCAAGCUCGCCAAGGCGCGCAAGGCGGACCACGCGCUCGAGCUCUUCCAGCAGAUGAAGGCCGCGCUGGGCCUGCGCCCCACGAGCAUCACGUACGGCGCGGUCAUCGCCGCGUGCGCGCGCGUCGGGGACGCGCAGAGCGCGGAGCAGCUGUUCAGCGAGAUGGCGGCGCAGCCGAACUUCCGCGCGCGCAUUCCGCCGUACAACACGAUGAUGCAGCUGUAUACGCACACGAAGCCGAACCGCGAGCGCGUGUUGCACUAUUAUAAUGCGCUGCUCGAGGCGGGCAUUCAGCCCUCUGCGCACACGUACAAGCUGCUCAUCGACGCAUACGGCACGAUCGAGCCGCUCGACCUCCCCGCGAUGGAACAGGUCUUCGAGACCGUGCAGAACGACCGCGCAAUCCGACUCCAAGGUACCCACUGGGCCGCGCUCGUGAACGCCUACGGCUGCGUCGCCAAAGACGUCCACAAAGCCAUCUCCGUCUUCGACUCCAUCGCCUCGCACCCCUCCUCGCGCACCGCCUCCGCCGCCUCCCCCAUGCCCGACGCAGUCGCCUACGAAGCCAUCAUCAACGUCCUCGUCACACACAAGCGCAUGGACCUCGUCCCCGCGUACCUCGCGCGCCUCGACGCCGCCCACGUGCACCGCACCGCCUACAUCGCGAACCUCCUCAUCCGCGGAUACGCGGCGGCCGGCGACCUCGCCGCCGCGCGCGCCGUGUUCGAGGCGCUCGCGGACCCGCCGAGCGGGCGCGCGGCGCCGGGGAACCAUGUUCCGCAUGAUUCGUCCUCGCCCUCUGUAUCGGGUUCGGGAUCAGCGUCGGGACCAGCGUCGCCGGUGCUCACGCCGGCGUCGGCAUCGAACGAGACAUCGUACCGCGAGCCGUCGACGUGGGAGGCCAUGUUCCGCGCGGAGCUCGGGAGCGGGAACCGCGAUCGCGCUGUGCGGCUCCUCGAACGGCUGCAGGAGAGACACUUCCCUCCCGCGGUGUACAACCGGAUAAAAGGUAUCAUGCUCGACGACGCGGUGUCGCCCUGGCCGUCGUCGCCUUCACCAUCGUCGUCGCCAUGAACGCCUGAUUCGUCCGCCUGGUCUUGAUCUGCUUUGCUUUGCUCUGCUUUGCUUCAUUAUUCGGAUCUCCCGUUACGAUCUCUUCCCCUGGAUAACGCGCCCCGCAGGCCAUCUAUCCAUCACUGACGAUCCUCACGAUAUGCUUCCGUCUCACUACGGUGUUACCCUCGUACACCGUUCCCCGUUCCCCGUACCUACCCUUUCCACCGCCACAUUCCUCGCACCUAUACAUACACCCUAGACCCACACCAAAAGUACAGUUCCGCUACUUGCUCUGAUUAAUCUGCACGCUUGUUCUAUUCUGCCCUGCCUAGUCCUAUUUCGUUCUGUUCUAUCUUUAUUCGAUUCGACCGAUAUAAUCGAUACCACACCGCGCGCAAUGCUCACGCCGACAAGACAAGGACUGUACCACUAUGUAUCUACAUGUAUCACUAGACUUUUUGGGGAAUACAGAAAUCGCCGUAACAAUGAU